CAAACGGCCGCCAUAUUGCCACUCUCAAGAAACACUUCUCGACAAGCUUUUGCAUUCGUGGUGAACUUCUUUUAUUCAUUCGGAUUGGACACAAAUUUCGCCUGAAGAUGCCUGCAUGUGCAGCUAUUAACUGUACAAAUCUCCAGUUCAAAGGCUGUGGACGAACAUUUCACCUGAGCGGCUAUGAGGCGGCAGCCAAGAAUUUUGUUGCGGCCGACCUGGAAGUGAACCUGAGUGGGCGCUCCUUCAUGAUCACGGGCGCCAACAGCGGCCUGGGAAAAGCCACGGCGCAGGAAAUUGCCAACAGAGGGGGGACGGUGCACAUGGUGUGUCGCAACAAGGGGCGGGCAGACGCCGCCAAGGAGGAAAUUGUGGAGUGCAGUAAAAACCAGAAUGUUCAUGUCCAUGUGGUGGACAUGUCCUGCGCCAGACAAGUGUGGGAGUUUGCACAGAAUUUUGUCCAGAGUAACGUCCUCAAUGUGUUGAUCAACAAUGCAGGUUGUAUGGUCAACCAGCGAGAGCUAACGGAGGAAGGUUUAGAGAAGAACUUUGCCACCAAUACACUCGGCACGUACAUCUUGACCACAGCUCUUCUACCUGCGCUGCAGAAGGCUGAGGACCCCCGAGUGGUGACUGUUUCGUCAGGCGGCAUGCUCACGCAGAAGCUCAACGUAGACGACCUCCAGUGUGAGAAGGGGACGUUUGACGGCACCAUGGCCUACGCACAGAACAAAAGGCAGCAGGUGGUUCUGACCGAGAGGUGGGCGGCUCAGUACAAAGAUGUCCACUUCUCCUCCAUGCACCCGGGCUGGGCCGACACACCAGCCGUGCAGUCUUCCAUGCCGUCCUUUCACGCCAAGAUGCAGAGCAAACUUCGCACUGAGGCCAUGGGCGCUGACACCAUAGUGUGGCUCGCCGUGGCCGCCGCCGCCGCCAGGCAGCCCAGCGGACUCUUCUUUCAAGAUCGGCGUGCGGUGGCGACGCACCUCCCGCUGGCCUUCUCCAGGACGUCGUCUCAGGAGGAAGAGAGACUGUUGGCGGCGCUCAGUGAUUUGGCGCUCAAGUUCAAACCUUGAGCCUUUUCCCACAGAUGGCGUCUGAUGGUUAUUGCGUUCCAGUCGGCACCAGUGAGGACCUUCAUGUGGGUGGAAGACCGCCCUGUGUCUUGAUGGACAACCAAUCGGAUCCUCCGGCUCAGCGCAGGUGUGAUGUUUUUGGGUCUACCACUUGACUUUUUUGUUCCAUGAGCUCAGGAUCCUUCAAAAAUGUAGAAUGACUGAUUUCCUGCUCCCAACCUCAGCAGCCAUGGCACGCUGCGAGAGGCCUUGCUUAUGCAGCUCCACAAUCCCACCACGUUGGAAAAGAGAAAGCUUCUUAGCUUCAGCAUCAGGAGGGCAUGACAGUGGGGACAUUUGGAGCACAUUUGGCCUUUUAUAGCCUGUGGUCUUAAACUUUUGAUCAGCUGAUAAACAGCCUAUUUCAGUUGAAUUGUUGUUUUCAAUAAAUGACUUUUUCAAAGUGCUUGUUGUCUCACCCCCCCUUCUUGUUUUUGCAUAUUGUAGCUCUACUUCAAACCUCAUUAAGAUCCAAAUGAGCAAAAUGAUCAUUCUAGCCAUUUUUCACUGAUCUUAAGAUUUUGAUCAGGAGAGUACAAACAAUCUUUAAUCCCUGAAGACCAGAUUAACAUUAGUGCAAGUGGGAGUGUCCAAAAUGUAUCAGCACAUGCAGAUAAUGGAAGGAUGUGGGGGCCACUUUGCUACAUUUUCUACAUUAAAGAUGCUAAAGCAGUCCAAAGUAGGUCAAAUUUAAAGCUCAGGAUUUCCAAAGUGUGGUCAUUUUUGGAAAAACUGCAAGACAUUUUGCAAAGCUGGAUCCUAAAGUGAUAGUUUGGAUUUUUUGACAUGAAGUUGCAUGACACCCCCAUCAGCACUGCAGUCCAAUAACAGCCACUUAUUCCCACUUGGUCUCCUAAGUCCACUUCUGGUCUGAUUUCUGUGAUGAAGAACGUAGUUCCACUUAGUUGCUGGGGACAAGUAAGUACAGAGUUUGGCUUCUCAAAACAAGAUGCCUUCAAAAGAUUAAUACAUUUAAUCAUAAAAAUGCCUUCUCAAAAAAACUGGGCUUAGGAGACCAAGUGGAGGGUAAGUCACUGUUAAUGGACUACACUGCUGAAAAUGGAAAAAGAAGAAAUGAGAGUGAGACCAAAAAAUGUUGGAGUAAUGGUCCUGAUGGCUGCACGGCACAGCGGAGGCAGCGCCAUCAUGAUCUUAUCAAUGGAGCUACAGGUCAUGCAGGGGUGUCAAACGGCAGCUGCCGAUUUGGAGAUGUUGCAGGGGGCAUCCCCCAUGUUGCAGGGGGCAUCCCCCAUGUUGCAGGGGGCAUGCCUCAUGACCGAAGGCCCUCGUCUGUGUGGUGAUGACUGGCUU